ACAAGGGUCCUCUCACAAAAUAAGGAGAGCUAGCUACACAAUGGUAACAUGAGACAUAAGGAAAAGAAAAAUGAAAAUACCCAAAAGAAAACUAUUCCUUCUAAUUAUUUUUGCGUAUGUGGCUUUUUCACUCUAUGCUGCAUACAAUGUCUUCUUUAGCACCAAAGUAAUCUCCCGCGUUCACAGGGUGGUAAAGAAGGAGUCUGGAGCACUCUCGGGUGGUGUCAGAGACGGCGGUGCUGUUGCUCCGUUUUUAGCAGGUGAUUGGAAUCCGUGGGAGGAUGAGCAGGUGGACUACAACUCUGCUCUGACCAAAAAGAGGGAGGCCUUCAAACAGCACCUGGAUCGAAUUGACAAGAACAAACCCAAAAGAUACAGGGUACAAAUCUGGGGGAAAGCUGCCAUAGGGAUUUACCUUUGGGAACAUAUUUUAGAGGGACCCCUCAACCCUACUGACAAGAUCGCACAAUGGAGAGAAGGAGAGCUGCAGUCAGGAAAGAUUGAUUUCAGUUUCUACACAGGUCCUGCUGUGGUCCAGGGCCAUGUCCCUCUGGAUAUGCAUAGCCUGGUGCUGGUUCUGAAUGGCCGCGAGCAGCAGAAGGUCUCUUACUCUACACGGUGGCUGGAGCACGUCCAAUCUCUGGUACAGUCCCACACAGUGUCACAUGUGGCUGUGGUCCUGCUGGGCAACGAGCACUGCAACAACAACUUCAUUGCCCCUUACUUAAAGAGAAAUGGUGGCUUUGUGGAACUGCUGUUUCUAGUGUACGACAGCCCCUGGGUCAAUGACAAGGAUGUCUUCCAGUGGCCUCUCGGUGUCGCUACAUAUAGACAGUUUCCUAUGAUCAGGCCAAAUGCCCAACUGAUUACCUCCAACAGGCCAUACCUCUGCAAUUUCCUAGGAACUGUUUACAAAAAUUCCUCCAGAGAGACUCUCAUGCAGGUGCUGAAACAGUCUGGUCUGGAAAAGGAAUGCAUCACCACUGCCAGGGAUAAGUGGCUCCCUCAGGAGACAGCAGACAGCCUGAGACGCUAUCAGACAGCUCUGGCUGAGAGCGAGCUCACUCUCUGUCCAGUUGGAGUCAACACCGAGUGCUACCGCAUCUACGAGGCCUGCUCGUAUGGCUCCGUGCCAGUGGUGGAAGAUGUACUGACACCUGGGACUUGCGCGGCAGGGCCCAGCUCCCCACUACGCCUGCUCAAAGCUGCAGGAGCACCCUUCAUCUUCAUCAGCGAUUGGAAGGAGCUACCGGCCAUCUUGGAGAGGGAGCGAGGGAUGAGCCAGGAGCAGAGGGUGGACAGGAGGAGGAGGCUGCUGGAGUGGUACGCCAGCUUCCGUCAGCAGAUGAAGGAGAGGUUCACCGAGGUCAUCGAGGAGACUUUCUUCAAGAGCGGCUGACCGUUAUACAGGGGUAAACAUUCAAUAUCAGUUUAAUUUAUUUGUGGAGAAAUGUGACCUACUACUGGUGUUGUGAACCUGAUGAUGUUCAGUGUAAUAUUCCCGUGCGGGUUAUUAUAAAACCAUUUAUGUAUGUUGUAAAGCUGUCAUUACUAGUCAGUAAAGGGCCCAAUGACAUUACUGUGUAUUUAACAUCUUAAUGUUUACAAUGGUGGAAUGUCCAGGCGUUUAGAAAUACUAAAUGAUAAACUACUGUUUUUGUAAUCCUUACAUUCAUUUAAAUUUUAUAUCUGUUUGUACGCACUUAAUAUUGUGAUUUUAAAAAAAAAACACUACACAUAAGGAGUAGAAUGGGAUGAUAAUUUGUUUUUAUGCCUUGUUUGAAAAUAGUAGUUAGAGCUAUUAUUUUGCAUUGUGAGCGAAUUAAAAAUGUGUGUUGUUGCUGUGGCAUGUGUCACUUUUCUGAUCAAAACAUGACAAAGUAAUUUAUUUUUUGUUCUUUUUCUUAUUUAUUUCAGUGGUGUGCUGCAUGGAUUUUUUUUUUUUUUAGACAGUGCAAAGAAAAUAAAUGAGUGUUGUCCUGAGGAGAAAUGUGUGGAUGUGCUUGUCCUGGGCUUUUAUUUUCCCUGCAGAUGGCGCCGUGGACCAGUUAAUUUUCAGUGGCUACAAUGAUCUCAGUUGAAAUGUAAGGCAAAAGUUUUUGAAGUCGGAUAAAAUUAAAAGGGAACAACUUUCAACUUAACUAAAUCAACACAGAUCAGGUAAUAUAAUGGUGCAAAAGAAUGGUGGCUUGGUAUCUGCAAAGUUUGUUAAACUUAUACUAAGACAAAUCAUGUAUUUGCUAUGUAUUUUACUAUUUAUUGUCUGUUUGGAAUAUUCAAUGAAAAACUUCUUAAUAAAAUGCAUGUAUUGUA